AUGGAUAUUCCUAUAAAUGAGGAAGCUUCACUACAUUCGAUAUCAACACAAGGUAGCCGCUACACAGAUGAUGACGGCACAGAUUUUUAUAAGGGUAAAAUUUUCAAGGACAAGCAAGAAUUAACUAAAUUGUUGAAGCUUGCUUCCGUGAAGAAAGAUCAAACAUUCAAAGCUGUGAAGAGUUCUAAAGAUGUGUAUUGUGCUAGAUGUGUAGAUCAGAAUUGUGAUUGGUGGUUGCGAGCUACAAAACUUAAAAGUUGUAAUAGAUUUGAAAUUACAAAGUAUCGCAACAUUCACUCAUGUAGGGCACAACACCUUACAAGUCAUCAUCCACAUGCCUCAACAGAUGUCAUUGCAGAAUACAUACAACCUAAUUACUUGAAUGGAAAAGGUCCCUCCACAAAAGACAUAAAAAAUAUAGUGCAAGCAGAUUUGGGCUGCAAGAUUAGUUACUGGAAGUGUUGGAAAAGCAGUGAGAUAGCAAAUGCUAUGAUAAGAGGGACACCGGAGCACGGAUAUGCAGUUCUAGAUGGUUAUCGUCAUAUGCUUAUGACUAUAAAUGAAGGAAGCAAGACAUCGUUAAAGCUUGAUGACAAUGGAAGGUUCAAAUAUUUUUUUGCAUCUUAUGGAGCUUGGAUUAGGGGGUUUGUGCAUAUGAGAAAAGUUUUAGCCGUUGAUGGAACAUUCUUAAGAGGUCGUUACGAUGGAGUUUUGUUGUCUGCUGUCGCACAGGAUACAGAAAAUCAUGUUUUUCCUGUUGCAUUUUGUGUAGUAGAUAAGGAAUGUAAUGCCGCAUAUGAGUACUUUUUUGAGAAAUUGUUGGACAUAGUCCCUGAUACUUCAGAGUUGUGCAUUAUUUCUGAUAGACAUCCAAGCAUAGAAAAAACACUAUCAAAAUUUUACUCUGAAGCAUACCAUGGAUGUUGCACGAGGCAUCUUGGUGAAAAUGCCCGUAAAAAUUUUCAUUGUGGAGCUUUUCUUGGACAUUAUUACCAUGCAACAAAAGCAUAUGAAGAGAUGUGUUCCAUGACCAUUUUGAACAAAUUCGAAUUAUCAAUGCGGAGAUAUGAUGUAUUGACCUCAAAUAUUGCUGAGUCUGUUAAUGCAAUGUUCAAUGAAGCAAGAGAAUUUCCCAUUAUUGCCUUGUUCAAUGAUAUAAGCAAGAGAUGGUCGGAAAAAUUUCAUGAGAGAAGAAUGGCAUACACCAAGUUAAAAACCACCUUCGUUCCUUCAGCUGAAAUAAAAUAA